UCUGUCUCAUAGGUUUCGUAACAAGCGUAGCGCGCGCGGGGUGUGUGUUUUGUUCGGUAAAACAGUCAACCAGUGCACAGUCGCGAUGGAUGGGAAAAGCGCCUAAUAGGGAACAUUAACAGACUUCAACCUUUGUAUUAACAUUAUUAUCUAACCAUUUAGUUUUCGGUGCGUAAAAUGCACUUUCUUGCGCGUCUUCGUAAAAGUAUUUGUUUUUCUCUAUUGUGGCGUUAUAGAGUUUUGUCAAUGAAACAAUACGGAAUGGCACAAGCUGGAGCUGCGUAAAUGUGUUAUUGAUCUCUGUUGUUGAAUUGAAGGAAACAAUUGUUCCAGGAUAAAAACAAUUGGUUUUUUUAUAUUAUCUGGUUCUUACACGUGCAUGCAGAAAUCCAGAUUCUCGUGUUGAGCUUCACUGUACACAUCUGUAUUAUUGUGGGGGUGUAAAGCGACUCGGAAGAUCUUCCAUGCGACUCGGAAAGUCGAAAAUGAAUUUCGAUCAGCUGUUGGCCACGAUCGGCGGCUUUGGGAGAUAUCAGAAGCUUUUGUAUGUAUGGAUAUGUCUACCGCAGAUCUUUCUGGCAUUCCACAUGAUGGCGAGCGUCUUCACAGGCGCCACGCCACCCCACCAUUGUCGGGGUUCACGUCCCGAGGACCGGUCAUCUAACGACGGCAAUGUUUCAAACGUGAAUUUGAGUAUCUCUCUCUUGUCUGGGCAUUCGUGCACAGUUUUUUCUGGAGAAAACCAGAGUGCAUAUUCAAGUUGUACAACAGGAUGGGUGUACAGCCACGAGGUGUUCGAAAGCACAACUGUCACAGAGUGGGAUCUGGUCUGUGACAAGGCAGGUCUAAACAGUCUGGGCUCAUCUAUUUAUAUGCUGGGGCUGCUUGUAGGGGCUGUUGUAUUUGGAGCUAUGGCAGACAGGUAUGGGAGAAGGUUUGCCAUGCUCUUGUCUUUAGCACUUCAGACAGUGUUUGGUGUGGCCGCUGCCUUCGCUCCAAACUUCCCUGUUUAUGUCACCCUGCGCUUCAUCAUAGGAACAACAGUCUCGGGAGUGAUAAUCAAUGCAUUUGUGCUUGGCACAGAAUGGACCUGCACACAGAGACGGAUGUUAGCCGGCAUCUUCACCGACUAUUUCUUUGGUUUUGGCUACAUGCUGCUUGCAGGUGUUGCUUAUCUCAUCAGAGACUGGAGAAAGCUACAGCUUGCUAUCUCUGCACCAGGAUUUCUCUUUAUUUUCUAUAUCUGGGUUCUUCCACAUUCAGCCCGUUGGCUGUUGGUGAAUAACAGAAAAGAGGAAGCGAUUGUUCUUUUGCGUAAGGCGGCCAUGGUUAAUGGUUGCGUGUUACCUCCCACCGUUCAGGUGGAGCGAAGUGAGGUCCCGCAAGGACGGACUCAAUAUACUGCUGCUGACCUAGUUCGGACCCCACAGAUGAGAAAAAGGGCUCUCAUACUGUACUACAUCUGGUUUGUUAAUGUGUUGGUGUAUUAUGGGCUGUCUCUUGGUGUGUCUGACCUGGGGGUAGACCUUUAUCUUACUCAGUUCAUGUUUGGAUUGGUAGAAGUACCUGCAAGGUCUCUGGUGUUGGUCCUCUUGCCCUACAGUCGGCGAAUCCCGCUGAGUGUGUUCCUUGCUGUGGGAGGAGGGGCGUGUCUACUCACUCUCGCCAUUCCAGAAGACAGUUUUAAUGUUCGGACCGCUUUAGCCAUGGUGGGGAAAUUUGGAAUUACAGCGUCUUUUGCCAUCAUCUACAUUUAUUCCGCAGAACUUAUCCCAACCGUUCUCAGGCAGACGGGUAUUGGCGUAGCUUCUAUGUUCGCACGCAUGGGAGGAGUUUUAGCUCCACUAAUAAACCUGCUUGGACGCCAUGCACCUGUUGUGCCUAUGGUGAUAUUUGGCUCCACCCCUCUGCUUGCCGCACUGCUUGCCCUGGCAUUGCCUGAGACUGCCAAUCAACCACUACCAAACAGCAUUUUUGAUGCAGAGAGGUCUGAUCCUCAGAAACAUGACGGACAAAUUCCAGUAAAAACCAGCCAAUCACAAAGCAGCACAGAAGACCAAGAACUACAGAGUUUAGCAGAGGAGUUCAGAUCGACAUAAAUGAUCGCACAACACUAUGCAGCCUUAUAUUCAAAUAUUUCUACAUUUUACAUUAGCAUUUUCAUAAAUGGGGAGAUUUAAGUUUUGAUGCAAAAAAUGCCUCUUCUGUGUGACUUUGACAGAUAUUUGCACGUUUCCUAAAUACGUUUGCCUGUAGGCUCUAGAUUUUACUUGUGUACAGACAUUUAAAAAAAACGGAGGUUUUUGGGAUGAUCUAUUGAUGGAAAUGCAAUAUAAUAUACGUAGCUAUGCCUUCAGGCGUGUAUAAAGAGCUUACACAAAGAAGCGUUAUGUUUUUAUUACCUUAGAAUAAGCUAUUUCUAUCUACAUAUACCGCGGGUCCCCUUGCAUGUAAUUAGCCAUGUUCUGUCAGCCGUCUAGUGUUUCGAAAGGGAGGGGGAGUGGUGGAGUGAGGUUGGUUGCAAUUCACAACCUUGCCACUAUAUUUCACUGACUGGACCUUUAAAGCAGAGAGAAAUGGGAAACUGAGAAAAUGGCAUUCUACCGUAUUUGGAUGUUAUAAUGACAUGUAAACUUAUGAAAGUAUAAUUUCAAAUACGGUUGCACAGCACUUCUAUAUACCAUUGCGGUGUGCCGCAGUGUUCCUGAGAUAUGCUACUCUCCAUACGUCUCAGCCACACAGAGAUUUAAAUACACAAACACAUGCAGACAAACUGUAUCUUCCCAUUAAGCAAAUGCAAAACCAGCAGAAGUAUAUCAGUAAGUCUCAGUAAUGUUGGGUGAGUUGACAGGUAAAGGCAGUUACCUACAGCUAACCACAUCAAUUCUUAUACUAAUAUCACUUUACUGUAAUUCAAUAUUAAAUGUACAGUAUUUGUCACAGAUCCAGGUUCUGAAUGAUUUACACACUCCAAGGUGGAUAUUUCAUAUUACAAGAGGGAAUUUGCCCUGCAGUGCACUCGAAGGAAGCAGUGUAUUGUGUUUUGUUUUGAAGCCAUUGUAUCUUGCAGAACAUUUUAAGUGUUGUUUAGAAAUGUGAAAUUGAAUAAGAUGCCAAUCUUCUCAGUACUACACAGAGUGGAUGGUAGUUUAAGGAUGUUAGAAUGGGUUUAUUGAUAUGUUUGUGACCUUAUUACCCAUACUAAACAAUAGGUCAACAUUUGUGUGUGUUUGGGCUUGUUGGGUGUCAAGUAGUGCCUUCUGUAUAAAGCAGUACUUAUGCUUUCAUUUUUCGGAAUAUUCCACAGAUAUUUCUCGUGUAGGCUUUUAUUUACUUUUGCUAGUGAUGUUAGUUGAAAUGGUUUUAAGAGCAUGUACAAUUCAUUUUAGCUUAGAAAAUGAUUUUGUAUUGUUAAGUGCUGAUGUAUGAACUCUAUAUGGAUCCAUUUGAUUUUCAUUUUGUAAAGAAAACAUUCGUAAACGUACAACAAAAAACUUUAAGGCUGCUGCAUUCAUAUUUUAACUUGUGGGGUCAAUCUUACUUUUUUGAGAAUACUAUUACAGAGAAAAACUUAUGUUGAUGGUCACAUGGUCCAACCUCAGUCACACACCACCAAAUGACAAAGUCAAUAUUUUCAAUUUUACAUUAAUUUUCAAAACAUAAGAAUGGUAGUUAUACUGCAUGCAGUCAUUUGUUAGAAAUGAUCUUUUUAUUGUGCAAUUUGUCUUCCAAUGUUAAAUAACAUCGGAAUGAGUUUGAUAAGGGGAUAUGUAGGCCAUGUAAUUGUUGACCACUGCCCGUGCGAAAGUGUUUUUCUAGGGGGUUCUGCCUCCGAAGCUGCAUUUUGAAAAGCAUUUCAUUUACAAACAAGCAUUUUGUUAAGAUUUUCCGUUUAUUGACAUUCCAACUGAAGCACAAUAAAACUGUGAACAAUUGUCCAGCAUACAGAAUACUGCAUUAAAAUAAAAUU